AUGACGGUUGUCGCAACGAUCAAGUGCGUCGUCGUCGGCGAUGGUGCUGUUGGAAAGACUUGCCUUCUCAUCAGCUACACAACAAACAAGUUCCCCUCCGAAUAUGUUCCGACCGUCUUUGACAACUACGCCGUCACGGUAAUGAUUGGUGAUGAGCCAUACACUCUGGGCCUGUUCGAUACUGCCGGUCAAGAAGAUUACGACCGACUCCGACCUCUCUCAUAUCCCCAGACGGAUGUUUUCCUUGUCUGCUUCAGCGUCACCUCGCCUGCCUCGUUCGAAAACGUCCGCGAGAAGUGGUUCCCCGAGGUCCGCCACCACUGCCCUGGUGUCCCCUGCCUGAUUGUCGGUACCCAGGUGGAUUUGAGAGAUGACCCCAGCGUCCGGGACAAGCUGUCGAAGCAGAAGAUGGCCCCGGUGCGACGGGAGGACGGCGAGCGAAUGGCCAAGGAUCUGGGUGCGGUCAAGUACGUCGAAUGCAGCGCUCUGACUCAGUACAAGCUUAAGGACGUCUUUGAUGAGGCCAUUGUGGCGGCCCUUGAACCCCCCGUCCCCAAGAAGGCUGGCUCCAGGGGGCACAAGUGCCUUGUCCUAUAA